CAGAAUUCAGUGGAAAGGAUUUGAAGACGGGUGUGGGGUGAGAGGCAAGACUGAAGAAGUGUUGGAGUGGGGGACCCACAAAGGAAAGGUUACUGAGGAUGUUUGGGGAUGCGAAGCUGGAAAAGGAGAGAUUUUGAUGCUGUUCACAUCUGUUAUCAUUCCAGAGAUUGGUUCAGGAUAGUUCCCAUAUAUACAUAUACACACACACACUUGAAAAAAAUGUUAGCUCCUCCUGAAGUGCAUUUACUGAGCAAGACACAUUAUUCCAUUAGUGGCAGGAUUUACUAAGAGGCUGUGGCUUUGGGGGGAAGCUGCAAUGGAGCCAGUUUCCCAUGAAUUUUGACUUCAGGCACCUCAUUUCCUCCUGUCAUUUAAAGUGGCAUUAAUUGCCCCAUUAUUUCCAUAUUAUCUGUGUGCUAAGUUGAAGCCAUCUGUUUUUUCCAUGGCUAUUAAAGUGAAAUUGGCUCUUCAGUCUGAUUAGCACAAUGGGGCCGGCACUGCAUUUCGUUCCGAUUUAUUACCUCUCCAGGUUUUAAGUUCCUGGGUUAUAUAAAUUACUGGCCUUUGAAACACCAUCAGUUCCUCCAAAUAGAUUUUUCAGAUAAAAAGCUUCCAACAAAUUUCGGAGAAUGCAGAAAGAAUACUAAUAGGUGGGCUUUAGCAAAGGAAUGUGUGUUUGUGAAUAAUAAGCUGGAACUCAACACUUUUGCAUCUUUUUCUAUAGCAGAAUUGAAAUAAAAGGCCUACUUUUCACCUGCGUGCAUAAUUUGAUUAAUCAAGGUCCAAUAAGCCAAAUUAGAAGCUGUAGUUUAUAAAUUAGUAUACAUUGAAUGUUUCAUGCUUCAUGUUAAGCCAAAACUGCUCACAUUUUUAGCUUGGGAGCGACACGAAAUCUCUGGUACUGUGUUAACACUGAUGGUACACAAAAAUAUUUUUUGCUCCAGAAACCUGUUAAGAUUACGAUUAUACCUCUCUAUAUACAUAAUCUCUAUGUUCUCUCUCUAAUAUUAAUAAGCGGAACUUAAAGCAGAGUUUUCCAUUCACAUGACCUGGGAGAUUCUUGGCCAAGUAUAAAUAUGAUGUUAAUUGCAAAUCCAUACGAGGGAAGAGAAAGAUGAGCGGCUGUAAAUGCCUUUUCAGUCUGGCAUAGAAACCAAAAUAAUUAGGAGAUACACUGUUUAGAAAAGAGGCUCUGGUAAUGCAGAGAAGUAAGUAGUUUGGCAAGAAGUAAGCAGGGCCUGGAUGGAGCCACUUUGGACAAUAAGAGGUUCAUGUGACACAGUUUCUCUGGAUCUUCCUUCUGUCAACUGUCAAAACAACUCUAGCUGAAGCCAUUCUUUACUUGGCUUCGUUUCUAAUUUGCUGUGCAUAUUUCGGAGGCAGAUUUGAAGAAUGUAGAACGUUUUCCUCUACAGUGCCAGACAUAACAGCCAUAAGGCUCAUGAGAACCAAGGUCAGCUCAAUAUGCCCUAGCAAGGGCAGGAGGGAGUGAUGAAGUCAUCGCCUGCUUGGUUGCUUAACGUGACCUGUCACCCGUGGGUGGGUAGGUGGGCAAUAUCUAUUCUUCCAUCAUACCAAAGCGCGGGAAUGAUUCAGAGGUGGUUUCACCUUUGAACGUGCCGAUACGAUGCGCCCAAUAAACAGGAUCUUUGAGAAAAGCCACAGCCUCAGAGUCUUUUGAAUGGAUCGGGAGCAUUACUCAGAACCAUGACAAGCCAACCGAUAGAUUGCUGGGUCUCGACGCCAUGUCCUCUUUCUGACCGAGCAAUAGUUUUCGAUUUUUUUUUUAAAGAAGAGCACACAAUUAUGCGAGCUGUAACUUGUAGACUUAAGUUGCAGUGCUUGGGCGCUGGGUGGUGAGCAGAGAGAGAAAAAAUGGACUUAAGCUCUUCUGAAAAGCCCGCAGCUGAUUCCCAAAGAGAAGAAGACUUCUUGACCGCCGCAGCCAUGCCCUCCAAUAAGGACGCCUCUGGCUGCCUCGGCUCACCGCCAGGUUUGAUCUGCUUGCCGCCCAUCUCUGAAGACCUCCAGCUGGUGUGGACCCAGGCGGCCCAAACGAGUGACCUGGACGGUAACCAGCACCUGCUGCAGACUUUCAGCUAUUUUCCCUAUCCCAGCCUUUCCGACCUGGCUUUGCUCUGCCUGCGUCACGGCCUGCACAUGGAGAAGGUGAAGGCUUGGUUCAUGGCGCAGCGGCUGCGCUGCGGCAUCAGCUGGAGCGCCGAGGAAAUCGAAGAGACUCGGGCUCGCCUCAUCUAUCACCAGGACCAGCUUCACUUUAGUUGCCUGCUUGCUGGCAAUGAGGGCGACUCCUGGCACCAGACUUGUAAAAGCCCUUCGUACCACCACCAGCAGCAGCUAGCUCCCCACUCCCUGCACUACUCCGCUAAAUAUCCAGAGAACCAGCAACCACUUGUAACCUCCUUAAAUCAUUGUAGUACGGCUCCAGGGACAAAAGAACUCGGGACGAUCGCUCAGGACAUUUGGAAACUGCAGGAAAACACCCCGUCAUCCCACUAUAAGAAACCUCAGGAACAUUUUGAACCUUCAGGGAUCAUGAUGAAUUUUCAAAAUACCAAAGAGACCAUUUCCAGUGCUUAUCCACCCAUCACAAGCCUCGGCCUGGAUUAUAAUCUCCCGGAUUCUAACACGAUGGCCUGGAACUUCCCCACGGCAUCCCAACUGCCUGCCGAAAUCAUCACGCCUGCCAUUAACGGUGGGCACCACCCGGUAAUUCUUCCACUCGGUUCUUCGGUGAAAGUCGCCCCAUCCUCCUCGAAAGUUACAACCAGCGUCGCGGACCGUCAAAACCAUCAGCACUCUGUCAGCGACCAGCAGACUUCUUUGCCAGAGGUUUUACGGAAGCCUAGGCGGAAGACGAAGGAGCAACUGGAUUUGUUGAAGGCCUUCUUCCUUCACCGGCAGUGGGCCAGGAGAGAGGAUUAUCAUCAGUUGGAGCAAGUAACCGGGUUACCCCGGGCAGAGAUCAUCCAGUGGUUUGGAGACACACGUUACGCCCUGAAGCACGGUCAGCUGAAAUGGUUCCGGGACAAUGCAGGGCAGAGUCCAGAGCCCGCUUCCUCAGGUGGACCUCCUCCUCCCCAGCCAUGCACAAAUCCUCCGGACAUGAGCCCCCUGGAACAGUAUUGGGCCACCCACGCACAGCUGCAGGAGGAUGACUUGCCAAUGCUCUGCCGCCAAUCGGGAAUGAGUGCAGAGCAAGCAUUGGAGUGGUUUCACUCGCACUUGCCGGCGCCAUGCGAGGUGGAGGUGUGUCUCGGGGAUGACGACGACGAGGUAGACGAAGAGGUGGCGGCUGCGAUGAUGAAGGCGGAAGACGAAGACUAUGACGAAGAAGAGGACGUGGAAGAGGAGGAGGAUGAAGACUGAAGGACUUUUGUGCGGAUGCUGGAGAGUUUUGGACUUCUCUGAGGAGCAGGUGGAAGGAUCAGAGAGACAGAUUAGUAAAUCCUGGGAUCCAGGUUUCUGUCCCAACUGUUUCCUGCUGGUAGCAGUGACCCGCAUCACUUAUGUUCGAGAUUCUAGAAUGGUUUUUUUCUCCCUUUGAGCCACUGAAUUUAAAAACAAAACUAGUUUUGUUUCCAUUCAGUGUUUAUCAAGGCAGAAUCACAAUGGUAUAAAGAUGGGGGUUUCCAACCCUUCAGAUGCGAGUGCCGUAAUAUAUAAAUGCCUUCAGCAAUCCGCUGGGUCUCCAAUGAUUUCUUGAAAAAACUUCAGAGAAUUAACUUUGGUUAAUCACAUUGUUUUGGUUUCAUAUUGUUGCCUCUAUAAUAAUUUAGAGGAAAUUUUUUCCUUAAUAAUUAUAGAUUUGUUGUAUAGGUCACUAAACCCUGGAGCCCAACAAUUGCCUAAUUUUAUUACCUUUUCUAAGGCUUCGAAUACAGAUAUUUUUCAUUUACGCUUGGAUGUAUCUGUCUUGAUUCUGUUUCUUCCAAUUCAUUUAUUUUUUUAUUUGAGAUUUAGAAACUGGACCGUUCAUUAUCAGAGUUGCAGAGAUCUGGCAACUCCACUCUUUCAAAUUCCAUAAAAGCCAUAUAUAAGAUUUAACUGGUCUAAGCUCACAUACCAACUAUAUUUUCCCGAGUAAAUGAACAGUUAAAGUCGUUAUUUGUUUGUUGGUGCUUAUGUUUUGUUUUUAUAAGCCAGUUCUUUGAAAUCAGAGAAAUGUAGAAGACAAACUAAGGCUAUAUUUCCUGUUUUCAUGCCUUCAAGAUAUGUUGGAACUAAAAAAUGUUAGUUUCUAGACUGGUACUUAAGGUGGUGAUUGUAGCUGUUACAUUCAAAUCGAUAUUUCGUCAUUUAUCUUCCAUUUUCAUUCUCUCCUUUAUUUAAUUUUUUUUUUUCGGAAUGACUUCUAACAUCUGCUCUUGGUGGUCUUCUUUAUCAUGUGAUUCAUAUCAUUUCUCUUAGCUGCUCUGUUUUCUUUUCCUUGUUCCGUUAGUGCCUUGAUUCACCAGCUUUCCCUGUCAUCCAGUUUUUCCAUUCAAGUCAUAUAUCUGGUCUGUGCUAGUUGGUUGAUAUAGUGAAUUCAAUGCCAGUUAGAGAUAUUGUAAGAUAACAAGAUUGGUUUCUUGCAGAAGAAGUGCAAACACUCCUAAAUGCUUGGUUAUCUUCCAUUUGUCAAACUGUCAUUGCCCUCAGAUUGACGGGGAAAAUAAAACCCAUACAUUCUGAGAAUAGCUUUUGAGAUUAUUUUGAAAGGAAGUAAAGAGGAAUUUGGAAGUUUGUGAAAGUAUGAAGAGGUAGGAGACUAGACAGAGAUUAAUCAUCUGUACUUUUAAAAUUUCUAUUUAUUAAAUACCAUUUUCAUUUUUUUAAAAUAGAAUCUUUACAAAAAUAUUCUGCAGGCAAGAGAAUUUAAAAGUACUGAAAUAAGCUAAACAACCUUAGAUAAAGAGAAAGUGGUACAUGGAUUAUGCCGGAUUUAGUGAAAUGUUCAAAGGCUGUAACUUGUCAAAGAUAGAACUGAAUUGAAUAAUUUUGAUUUGUGGAUUGGUUACUUAAUAAACUGAAUGAGUUAAUAGAUAA